AUGGCCGAGUCAGUUGUCCUCAAUGGCUCUUCUGUCCAGUCACUGAACUCAGAAGAAGCCGACAAGAUUCGGUCGCAAGCCCUGGCCACAGAGAAGACUCUACUACCCAAUGGCUACUUCUGGAGCCCCAAGAUGGUAGGUAGCUUUGCUGGAACUGGAGUCAUCGUGUGUGCAACCUACUUCCAAUUCCAAGCCACUGCCGCCGUUCUCGGAACUGCCAUCUCUCAGGACAUUGGCCCCAGCUUGAACACGGCUCUUGUACCUACUGUCUGGACUAUAUCGCAGCCAAUCUCGUUGCUUCUCUUUGGCCGUUUAUCGGAUCGUUUUGGUCGCCGUGGAUUCGCCCUUGCCUCAUGUGCUCUUGCCAUUAUCGGUGGCAUUGUCGCUGCUACUGCUCAGUCUAUCGAGACACUCAUCGGAGCUCAGGUCCUCAUGGGUAUUGCGUCUGGUGUGCCAGCAUCAUACCCUCUGCUUGCGGGUGAGCUUAUGAGCAAUAAAGACAAGUAUAUCGGAACGGCGGCUGUCGUUGUGCCGAAUGUGAUCGCGACUGGAUUUGGAGCCUACAUUGGCUUAAGAUUGGCUAUCGUAGCUAAUUGGCGAUGGAUCUACUACAUAUUCAUCAUCAUGAUGGUACCGGGCACGCUCCUUUGGGCGGUUUUCUACCACCCUCCAUCAUACGUCCAACUCCACGGCAAGAAGUCCAGCAAGAUGGACGAGAUCAAGAAGAUUGACUUCAUCGGAGUCUUACUUCUUGUCGCAGGUCUCACACUGUUCCUCCUCGGCAUCUCAUGGGGAGGUCCGGCGCAACCUUGGGACUCGCCCAAAAUCCUCGGUCUUCUGAUCACCGGCGCCAUAGCGACAGUAGCUUUCAUCCUCUACGAAGUCUUCCUCACCCCGGCUCAGCCCAUCAUACCCAUGCGCUUCUUCCGCGACUUGCGCGGCUUCACGUGCCUCGAAGUAAUUUCUGCGACAUACGGUGUCAUGAACAUCGCGCUCUUCAUCAUUUGGCCUCAGCAGAUUGCAAACAUCUUUGGUUCGACGGUGGGAUCGUGGGAGGAGUCCGCGUGGCUGUCUACUACGGCGGCGUUUGGGCUCUGGGGUGGUAUUGUGCUGCUUGGACCGCUUAUGCACUUUAUCAAGCACAUUCGAUACCAAAUCCUAGCGAGCAGUAUAUGGAUGACUGCUUUCCUGGGCGCCAUGGCGAGCAUCACCGUGGAGAAGAAGAGUGAGGCUAUUGCGUUCAGCUUCCUCGGCGGAUUGACAAUUGGAUGGGGCGAGGUCAUUGCUGCCAUCAUGGUGCAGUACGUCGUCUCCGAUCAGGACCUUGGUGUGGCUUUCUCCGUCAUCUCCGCCUCGCGUACGAUUUUCGGCUCUAUCUUCACCGCAGCUUUCACUGCCAUCUACACCAACAAGGUCCCCGGCUACCUCGCCUCCCUCGUCCCAUCCGCCGUGACAUCCGCAGGUCUACCCGCCGACUCCGUGUCAGAGCUUAUGACUGCCGUCGGAGCCGGUACGCAAGCCGCACUGCUCAACGUCACAGGCAUGAAUCCGGAGAUACUUCACACCACCAACAUCGCUGUUUCCACUGCAUACUCCAAGUCUUACGCCUACGUGUAUUACUUUGCUGUUGCGCUUGGUGGGCUUGCUAUAAUCGCUAGUGUUUGCCUGCGAGACUUCGAUCAAUAUCUGACGGAGCAUGUCAGUCGCCAACUGUACCACAGAGGUGAAGCUAAUGAGGACCCGUUGGAGAAAUGCAUGUUAAUAUAUAUUAGUUUUUGGUGCAGUUCAUGCCUCCCGAAUCUGUAUCCAUAUUAUGUGUAG